AUGCAGAAGCGCAGUAAAGGUCAUAUGGAACCGCCGAGAACAAAGGUCAUCCGGCGCCGAAUCCGCUACUCUCAUCUAAGGCGCCACGAACCAGACUUCCUGUCGCGUGCAAGGGAUCCGUCUGGCGAGCUCCCCAAGACGGGGGGAAAGUUGGCGCGGCACAAGUAUACCCCUACCCAAGCACGGAGGCAGGCGGCUGUCUUCCAAAGCCCAUACAUUGUGCCCGGCCGAGAGAUGGACGGCUUCCGUUUCAAGACCCAGCGAACGGCUGGUGGAUUCACAGAUUUACAGGUUACGGUAAGGGUGCCUGUCGGGCCCACUUAUUACGUCACACACACAGCAGACCAGAGCCUACAUAGUAGCGGCAUCAGAUGGUACGAUCAGGCGUUCGCGCACUUGACAGCGGCAAGAAGAGAUCCCAUGAUGAAGCCGAGCUGGAUCCGCAACCUAUUAGUACAUAGCUUGACGGCGUCUCUGGUGUAUUAUCCGUAA